AAUAGGCUCUGCCUGGAAGCUUUAAUUGCAAUUCGUCAUUUUCGCUAUGUACCGAGACUAAUGUGUAUGCAUAUUGCUUAUGCCAGGUUUCUUGUUGUUCUGCGGAUGUCACCUAGCCCAAUUGUGACCAGCUGACGAUCGAGAUCAUCAAUGUGCAUAUAAAAAGCGAUUUACUGAGGAAGAAUACUAAUUUUUUUUCUCAUACCUAAAUUCCUUAGAUUCUUGCCCGUUGCCGCCAUCGCAAUGUCAUUUUUCGAACCACCUCCCAAACCAGAGACGCCUUUGGGCCUGCAUCGAAUACUGUCUCCUACAGCGUCAGUGAAAGUCUCUCCCAUUGCCUUUGGUGGUAUAAGUAUCGGGAGCUCAUGGGCCGAAUUAUUCGGCAAGAAUGAAGAGCCGUUCAAGCUUCUUGAUGCCUACUUUUCCUUGGGGGGAAAUUUCAUCGAUACCUCGAACGUGUACAAUUCGGAGGACUCGGAGAAACUCAUCGGGGAUUGGAUGCAAGAUCGUGGGGUGAGAGACCAGAUGGUUAUCGCUACGAAGUACACUGCUGGUUAUCAGUCUUACAACAGAGACAAAGUGCCGAUGCAGAGCAAUUUUACUGGUAACUCUGCUAAGAGCAUGCAUGUUUCCAUACGGGAUAGUUUGCGGAAGCUGAAGACGGACUACAUCGAUAUCUUAUUUGUUCAUUGGUGGGAUUUCGCGACUUCGGUGGAGGAAGUCAUGACGCAUCUUCACGCAUAUGUGAUGGCUAGGCAGGUUCUCUACCUUGGAAUUUCUGACACGCCUGCAUGGGUUGUGGUGAAAGCAAAUGCCUACGCUCGUCAACAUGGCUUAACUCCAUUCUCUAUUUACCAAGGCAGAUGGAAUGCUGCUUUUAGAGACAUGGAGGCUGAAAUCAUCCCCAUGUGUGAGGACCAGGGAAUGGCAAUUAUGCCAUGGGCCGCUUUGGGUGGCGGGCAGAUUUUGUCGAAACAACAAAGAGAGAACCAAGCAAAAGACCCAAACGCUCGUAAGGGUUAUGGAACGAGGGAAGCAGAUAUCAAAAUCUCCGAGGUUCUAGAGACCUUGGCCGAGCGGAAAGGCACUUCAGUACAGGCAAUGGCCCUAGCAUACCUCUUUCAUCAAUCUACCUAUGUGUUCCCCAUUGUCGGAGUCCAGACCGUUGAGCAUGUCAAGUCGAUGCCAGAAGCCUUGCGCUUAAAGCUCUCUGACGAAGAGAUCGAAGAGAUACAAAAUGCGGUCCCAUUUAACCCGCUGUUCCCUGUAAAUUUCCUGUUCAACUUCAGAGGAACCCAAAAAUACAACACGAAGCUUACCGCCGCACACAACCAGCAGUAUCAGAUGGCUGCUUGGAUCGAUGCACCUCCCAAACCUCUUCCUUAUCGGCCACGAGAAAGCGAGUAGUACGAGCGUCUCAUGCAGAAGCUAGAUCGCGUCAAAGAAUGAAAUCUUCUUACUUAUUUCUGGUCUCCUCUAAUUCUGUUCAUCUUUUUAAGAUGGAACGGCUUGCGACGAGCCGACGUUAUGGACAUUCACGGCUUGUUUCAACACUAAAUAACCUCAUCAUUUUUGGGUUACUCGAAAAUCAGACUGCCUGUCAGUCUUCGGCAGGGAAAUGAAAUUUGCAGGCCUUAAUUCAUAUUUUGAAUAUGAAAUGACAGUCGUUACAUGCUCUUCAAGCAAGACUGCCAAGCGAAAGUUAUUCCUUGAAUUUGAGGCUACAAUGGGUUGAUAGCGACACAACUCUCAAAAAUCUAUAUUAAGUUAUCAAAAUACGGCCACGUAGCUUAGCGCUUGCGAUUUCAUCGGGUCACCUUUGUCAAUGGAACGG